GGCCUCAUGCCGGUGCCGAAAAGACAACAGACGAACCGGAGUUCAUUUGUGGGGCAGCGCGACUGGCUCUUCGUCCGCGCAGAAGGUGCUGUGACUGAGUUCCGCCGCCGCGUCUCUGGCUGACAGUUGUCCGUCUUUUCUAUCAGAGCCACACCUAAGCGAGUCCGACCAGGAAAUAGUCUGCACUGUCUGGCGACUGGAUGGGAAGUGGGCGACUCUUUGACAUUGGAAAAUGAAGAUGCUGUUACCAUGGCAACUGGUAAUCCUUCUGUCACUCAAACUGUGCCGCUCUGAGAGAACACGCCACGGUCCUGUCUUCACCCAGGAGCCCAGUGACAUUAUUUUCCCACUGAGCGCUGAUGAUAAUCAGGUGUUUAUUAAUUGCAAAGCCAAGGGAAAUCCGCCCCCAGAUUAUAGGUGGAAGGUGAACGGCAGAGCGAUGGAAACAGAAUCUGAUCCUGACUUCAGCCUCAUAGAGGGGAAUCUGCUGAUCCGCGGUCCUCACAUGGUCAGUCAUGGAGGAGUAUAUCAGUGCAUAGCCUCCAACUCCUUGGGGACUGUGGUCAGCAGGGAGGCAAAGGUGCAGUUUGCAUUUCUGGAAAACUUCAGAAGGAAGAUGAGGAACACGGUGUCGGUGAGGGAAGGUCAAGCUGUGGUUCUGCUCUGCGGUCCGCCAGCACAUUAUGGAGAGAUCAAAUAUUCAUGGGUGUUCAACGGAGAUGGCACUUUCCUGAAGCAGGACGCCCGUCGUUUUAUCUCUCAGAGGACGGGAAACCUCUACAUCGCCAAAGUGGAAGCCUCUGAUGCGGGGAACUAUACGUGCGCAGUGAGAAACAUGAUGACCAACACAACAGCGUUCAGCUCCCCGACCCCUGUGGUGGUGCGCAGCGACGUAGUGAUGGGAGAAUAUGAGCCAAAGAUCGAGGUGCAGUUUCCUGACAGGCUGCAUGUCUCGAAAGGAUCAUCAGUGAAGCUGGAAUGCUUCGCCUUGGGAAACCCUGUGCCGUCCAUCUCCUGGAGAAGAGCUGAUGGAAAUCCACUUCCUGGCAAGAUUAAAAUCAACCCCUCCAGCGGGGUUCUGGAGAUUCCAUAUUUUCGCCCAGAGGACGCCGGCAUGUACGAGUGUGUCGCAGAGAACAGCAGAGGAAGAAAUGCUGCCAUCGGCCAACUCAUUUUCCAGAAUGUUGAGCAUCUGCACUGGCUGCAGACGCUGAAAGAUGCUCACAUGACGAUAGAUGCAAACUUGCAGUGGGAAUGCAAAGCCAUUGGUAAACCUCAACCGGUGUACAGGUGGUUGAAGAACGGAGAGCUGCUGGCAGCUGAGGGAAGGGUCCAGGUGAAUGCAGGGAGACUGACUAUUUCCAGGAUAAGUCAGUUGGACUCCGGCAUGUAUCAGUGCGUCGCAGACAACCAACACGGCUCCAUCUUCGCCAGCGCUGAGCUCAAGGUUGUUGCGUCGCCACCUGAUUUCACCAAGCGCCCCGUGAAGAAGUCCACAGUGGUCCAGCGCGGGGGCGAGGUCGCUCUGGACUGCCGCCCGGAUGCGUCUCCGAAAGCGACAGUCUCCUGGUGGAGGGACGGGCAGCUCCUGAAGGACGAUAAGAGACGGACCAUCAUGCUUGACGGCACUCUCCGCAUCAACAACCUCAGCAAAUCUGACGAAGGCAGAUACACGUGCGUGGCCAGGAAUCAAUUUGGAAAGUCGAGCAGCUCCGGGACGCUGGUGGUCAAAGAGCCCACCAAGAUUAUAGUUCCACCGCUGAGUCUGGACGCCAGUGUGGGCCAAAGCCUCGUCCUGCCCUGCGAGGUUUCCAGCGAUUCCUCCCUGAGCCCCGUCUUCAAGUGGUUCUUCAACGGCAAGAGUGUUGAUUUCGGCAGACAGGAGAACUUUGAGAUGAUUGGAGGGGGAUUUGCUGGUGACCUGAUGCUGAGGAACGUUCAGCUGAAGCACUCGGGGAAAUAUGUGUGUAUGGUGCAGACUGAAGUUGACACAGUCUCGGCAGCGGCGGAUUUGAUCGUCAGAGGACCACCCGGUGCGCCGGAGAGCCUGGUCGUGACUGACAUCGGUGACACGACUGUGCAACUAUCCUGGGGCUCCGGGCCAGAUAAUCACAGUCCCGUCACUUCGUACAUCCUUCAGGCACGGACCCCGUUUUCGGUUGGAUGGCAGACUGUGAACACAGUUCCUGAUUCUGUGCCUGGACAGAUGAUGCAUGCCACGGUGACAGAGCUGAGUCCCUGGGUGCAUUAUGAAUUUAGGGUGGUGGCUAUCAACAGUGUUGGUGUUGGGGAACCCAGCACGCCAUCCAAACUGGUGCGAACCAAAGCUGCAGCUCCAAAGGUGGCGCCAGUAAAUGUGAGCGGCGGAGGAGGAGCUCGAGGAGAGCUUGUCAUCACAUGGGAGCCGGUCCCAGAGGAAGUGCAGAGUGGGGAGGAAUUCGGCUACGUCGUGGCUUUCCGCCCACUCGAGACGAGCACCUGGAGCCAGACAGUUCUCGCCUCACCUGACGCGUCAAGAUAUAUUUACAGGAAUGACAGUGUCGCGCCGCUGUCCCAGUUUGAGGUGAAAGUGGGGGUCUACAACAGCAUGGGAGAAGGGCCUUUCAGCCAGGCUGUCAGGGUGCUCUCCGCUGAAGAAGAGCCGUCAGAGGCUCCAUCCAGAGUGCACGCUCGCGCCGUGUCCUCCUCGGAGAUCAAGGUGAACUGGGAAUCAAUCUCCUCCGGGGCCAGCCGCCAGAAGAUUACCGGAUAUGAGGUUCUCUUCUGGGAGAACGGCUCAGAGCAGAGCGAGGCGGGAAGUGUAAGGGUUACAGAAACCACGGCGAGGCUCGCUGACUUGAAGGCCGGCACAGUCUAUCUGAUCUCAGUCAGAGCCCAGAACAGCGCUGGUUUUGGACCCUGCAGCCCUGCUUUUAAUAUCACCACCAAGAAACCCCCACCAAGUCGGCCCCCGGGGAAUAUUGAGUGGAGCCUGAGCAACUCCAAGAUCUCUCUAAAUUGGGAACACGUCAAGGCGAAGGAAAAUGAGUCUAAGGUGACAGGAUACAAGGUGCUGUAUCGCCAGAACUGGAACGGCCGGACCACUGUACUGGAAACCAAUAAGACUAGAGCCGAGCUGCAAAUCCGCACCGGAGAGGACUUCCUCAUUGAGAUCAAAGCUCAGACCGAGGGGGGCGACGGCACCAGCAGCAGACCCAUCCACAUACCAAAGAUGUCCAGUUUGAACUCAGGAGGCAGUGUGUCACGGUUCCCAGAGACGAUUUGGAUUUUCCUAGUGAGUUUUGGACCCUUUUUUCAGCAGUGUGCUACCAUUCCUUAACUUAGCAAGCUGAACUGUCCUUCACAAGAGAAUUCAGUCUCACUGACACCAAUGGUUUUGUCACAUAGAGGAACAGAGACACACAAAAACAGUGGAAGCAAAACUGAAUUCAUUUAUUAAUAUCGACCAGUGAGUUUUGGGUGAUUUUGUUUUGAAGCUUAAACAUGGUUAUGUAGCAUUGGUGCAUUCAAUUUGAGCCAAUAGUGAUGUCACAUGUGGGUUUGACAAGCCAGGCAAAUGGAACGCCUCCAUCAGUCAACAAUUCAUCCGAGGUCGACCUGACAGUGCCACUUUAUUUACCAUUACGCUUCACGUCAUUCAUGCUACAUGUUCAAGAGUCUCACUUGCAUUCCCAACUGCUACCAUCAGCUUAGAUGAAACACCUUUCUCUGCAUACAUCAGCAAAAAAUCUGAGCUCUCAUUGGUUCAUGCGCUGCGAGUUUUCGCCAAAGUUUCGAUUUUUCAACGUAAGCAUUUGAUGUCUCCUCAACGUCUCGCCUGAAACGUGCUGCUAGAAACGCACUCCCGUGUUGUGAACGUUCUUUUGGAGGAAUAGAGCGCAGCACACUUGACGCUGUUGAGACUGAGGAGGAUUGUCUCUAGCAGCGAUCCUGCUCUUCUGUUGUGACAGACUGAGCAGUGAUGAGUCUGUUCUGCAACAUCCAGUUAAAAAAAGGACUUUUUAACUGGAUCGUACAGCCUUCACUACGGUUUUUAUUACCUGCCUUCUAUGUCAAUGUGAAGCCUUUCAGACAAAUGAACAAAUACAGUACGUGUUCCUUGUUCGUAGGAUUUUACAGCUUUGCCUUAUGAUGAUUUGAUUGUCUAUAAAAACACACAUCAUGAGCUCUAAUCUGCUUCACUUUAACCAAGAAUGUCCUUGAAGUUGCAGCUCAUGUUUUUUGUGUUUGUUGUGAACAUCUCCUGUGCUGCUGAAAAUAGAAAGUAAGUGGCUAAAGAAGAAAAACAAACAGUGUUCUGAAGAGAUUUCAGUUUGUGAUGUGAAUGAUAGGAAUAAAAAAAUUAAAAAAAAAAAAAAAACAGUCAAGCCAGGACCCACUCUGCAGUGCGGGAAAAUGUUGGUGACAUUUGUACAGUAUUUCUAGAAACCCACCCAACAUGCAGUUAGAUUCUCAACUAGUGAAUCAACCAUUGAUUCAGUGAUACAUUUAUGUUUUAGCUGUGGUGUUGGAUACUUGAUUUUAUGCUUCAGAUCAUUUGGAAUUGAUGACACUGCUGUAGAUAAAAAAUAAACCCGAAUGAAAUGUACAAAACUUCUUAGUUGUUACCCUCUGUUUUUCAGUGUUGCUGCGAUGCAGAUGUUUUAUUCAUAGCGAUUGUAUUUAGAUUUUAUUUCCAACUAAUACAAGAAUAUCCUUGUUACUAAAGAUACAUUUGACUGAAUUUUGACCAUAUUUGCAAAAUAAAUAAUGAUAGUGACAGAAAUUAAGAAAAACAGCAGUGAGACCAACACGAUUCAUUUAAAUCUUAAUUCCUGGUUGUGACAUUACUGUAGAAGUACAUUGAAAAUAAUGUUUCUGAGUAGGAGAUAAAAAUAAAUGAAAAAAUAUAAUAUAUAUAAGUUUCAUAAAAAACGCUUUAUUGCCAGUUGCAUUCUCACAUUGAGUUUUAUUCACUAGAUAAGCAAUUGUUACCUCUGCUUUAAGGCCUUAACUUUUCUAUGUUACUGUUGUACCAUUGUAUUUUUUUUGUGUUGCCCUGAAUUGUUGCCUUCUGUCACUUAAAACAUGCUGCAGUGUUUCUGAACUUUGUGUCCCUUUACUUUUUGCUCUUUUCUCUGUUCAUUUCUGA